GCGAUACAAACUCGUGAUUUAAACUACAAAAUGUCUCUGUUGCCAUUCGUGUUGGGUUACUAACGACCUCGCCGUCUCAUCGAUCAGGACUUCGGCUUGUCUUUGACUCCCGACGAUCUACUGACUGUUGCCGUGUCUCCACUACUAUCACGAGACUACUACAGACCCUGGCGUCAGAUGGCGGCUGCUGCGAGGGACGUCGGAUCCACCAUCAAGUCUUACAAAGAUAAAUUCCAAGUCAACUUGGACGUGCAGCAUUUCAAACCUGAGGAAAUAACUGUGAAGACUGCAGACGGUUACAUAGUCGUGGAAGGAAAACACGAAGAAAAGAAAGAUGAACACGGCUUUAUAUCCCGUCAGUUCACUAGACGAUACGCACUCCCGGAAGGCUGUAACCCAGACACAGUAGAGUCACGGCUGUCUUCAGAUGGAGUGCUGAGUGUUAUUGCUCCGAAAGUGCCAUCAGUAUCGAAGAAUGAACGAAGCGUCCCCAUCGCCCAGACCGGACCUGUGAGGAAGGAGAUCAAGGAUCAGAAUUCACAAGCCGGAGCUGGUGAUAAUAAAUGAAGAUAGUUUGAGAAUUCCUCGUGAACCAAUAAGUCUGAUUACUUUUAAUCGUUUGCAUUUAAGUUUAUAAGUUUUGUAAAUUACCCUCAUAUGUGAUUUUAAAAAUAUUAUGUUAAGAAUCUAAAGAAAAAAAAUUAUAUAAUAUGUGUUUUUAUAUUCUAAUUGAUGUAAUAAAUCUCUACUUUGUAUUAUUCUUAUUGGUAAGAUAAGUCUAUCAGCCCUAAAUCGUAUGCACUUAAGUUUUGUUAUAACUUUUGUUAAUUACCCUCGAAUGUUACAUGCUUUUAUUUAAAUGUUUUAAGUUUCUUCAACUGUGAUAACAUUAGUAUUAGAUAAUAAAAGUUACUCUCAGGUACAAA